AUGGUGCUCACCCUUUUUGACAGUUCGAUGGAAGGCAAUGCUGUAUCCUCCGAAUUCACGAGCGCUUAUCGUCUGUACUUUGCACCGCCGGCGGCGCAGGGAAGAAGGAAGUGCCUCGUGUUGUUCUUCUUCAUCCAACAAAGCCCGUCCUCCACUGCAUUUUCCUCAGGACAACCUUACGGGUCUUUGCUUUCUCCGCGCCCGGUGCAAAUCACGACAAGUAUUUUAAGGAUGUCGAAGGUCUCCCCGGAGCAACCCGACUUCGAUUUCUGGGACUUCGUGUGUUGCGCAAAAUGCCGCAUGCCCUUCGCUCUCGAUAAUGGUUCUGCAACUAUUCCUUUCUGGCUGACGGAAUGCGGACAUAUCAUUUGCAACUCCCAUCUCAAUCCUGAUCAGUCAUGCAGCCAGUGCGGAGCACAGGACAUCCAGUUGGCGCCUCUACAGCGAGAGAUGGAAGCUCCGAUGUCGGACUGGUUCCAGCCAAUUCCCCUCGCUCUUGAUUCUAUCGCCACUGCUGCCAAGUUCCAGCAAGAGAAUAUGGCUGCGCAGCUACGAUAUUAUACUUCGAGGCAUCAUCAAUAUCGACAGCUUGUCGAACGGCUUAAGCAGACGGUCUCGGAGUUGAAGAAGGCUAAUGAGUCCCUCCAACUCGAGAAUGAGCGCUACCGAUCCCAGAUGGACCCAAACAACCGAAUUCCUUCUCAUUCUCUCAACGGAAAUGGAAAACGUCCGAUGUUGUCGAUGCAGCAGUUCAAAGAGUCCUCGCGGCCCAGGACAGGAUCAAGUCCUCAUUCGCUCAACGUACCUCUAGCGCCGAAUAGACUCACAUUAUUACCUGGGCAGCAAGUCCCAGAACUUUCCUCUCACAACCAACAGGAGGUUAAUCGUCGCCCAGCAUCAAGUCGUUCACUUGAACAAUAUGCUUAUGGCCCACAGGAACGUGAUACGUACCAUGCUCCUCCGUUAACUCAUGCCCAGACAGCAUCACGGAUAUUCCAACGCAACAACCAACCUCAGAAUGAAGCAAGGCAAGGGCCACAUAGUUUGCAUGGUCAAAAUCAGCAAGUGCCUCCGACCCCAUCGCGAUUUAAACCUGCAGUCACUAGCAACGCAUUCACAUCCAAUCAAGCCAACUUAGGCCAACGACGGCAGAUGCAGAUGGGCCCUCCGCCCACCCCUCAACAUGCUCGGACUCAAAACUCUGGUCAAAACCCGAUGAUGAAUUCAGGACCUUCAAGACAAUCUUAUCUACCUGCGCCGCCUGCUCGGCAGUCAGUGACCAGCGUGCCUUCAACUCCAAGUAUGGGACAACAGCAGGCUGGAGGUGCUGGUUCUAGACGGUUCUUCCCUGCGGCCAGCCAAUCGUCAAAUAACUUCUCCAGCGUUUUAACCUCGCGACCUUCGAUAGCCAAUGCCUCUGGUUCAGGUCAAAGAACGCCGUUUGUGCCUCAUGCUGGUCAAAAAGGCCCCUUUGGAUGA